UAACGAAAUGAGCUGCACACCGCCACGACAUACUGCUCCUGUACUGCACGUCUACCAUGAGCUGCUGUGGGACCGCUCGCAAGCCAGAAACGGAGGAGGGUAACAGAAUAACACCCUUUGGUACGGCCCCGGUAACUCAACAACCUGGCUCGCAACCUGGAUUGCAAUACAGCGACAAGGGGAGCUUCCAAUCACCUUCAGUACCGUCGCCACCGCCAGCGCUUCAGCAUGGACCUUAUGGCUCCAGCUCACCACCACCCCAGCCAUGGGGCAGCCCAGGUUCUCCGGAGAUGGCGCAGUUCAACCCGUACGCUCAGAAUGGCACUGCUAGCAUUUCGAAUGGUUCUACCAAUCCCUACAGCCCGUUGUUGAACCAGCCAAUACUACAGCCUAGUGCCGUACAUGCCUAUACCAGGUCAGGUACCACAUCCCCACCCAUGGCCCUCGCACCUCCGCAAAUAAUGUCACCUCCCACCCAAGGCGCCUCCUUCUCUCCUCCUUCAGACGACGGGAAGAUAGUGGUUUCAAUAGACUUCGGUACCACCUUCUCAGGAGUGGCGUAUGGGUCUUCUCGGAUAGCAGCGGGGAAGGUUCAACAGAUACUGCAGUGGCCAGGCUCAUUCGAAACGUUCAGGAAAGUCCCGACCUGUCUUCUAUACGACGAUCACGGGCAAGUACUGGCAUGGGGACUGGAAGCGAAGAAUGCUAGCCCGAUGCCGGGAACCACGCGAUGUGAAUGGUUCAAGUUAUUUUUGGAACCCAAGGCUUUACGAGAUGACGGGGAAAUAGAUCCAAGGCUGCCGCAGCUACCGCCCGGUAAGAGGGCAUUGGAUUUGGUAAUCGACUUCUUGUCCUGCCUAUGGGAAUACGCCAAGGAGCAAAUAACCCGGGAGAUUGGUGCCGUGGCUGACUUGGAUUCUGCCGAUGUCUGGUUAACUGUACCCGCGGCGUGGGAUGCCAAAGGCUGUGACAUCAUGCGUGAAGCAGCCAUCGCCGCGGGCCUGGUACAAUCCUCUCGGGCUGGUGACCGAGACUGGAGAGAUCGGCUGCGUAUCAUCACUGAACCCGAAGCCGCAGCAGUGCACUGUGCACAUUUAACGGAUCUGCACAAACUGCGACCAAGUCAAAGUUUCAUCAUAUGUGAUGCCGGAGGCGGUACCGUUGACCUCGCGACAUACAAAGUAAUCGGACACAUGACCAAUCUCGAGAUAGCAGAGAUGUGUGCACGCUCGGGAGCUAACUGUGGUUCUAUCUUUCUGGAUCUUCGCUUCCGUCAACUUGUGGAAACUCUUCUGGCCGAGCACCCAGCUCACCUGGAUCCUGCCAGCUUGGCGUAUUUCAUGCAUGCGUUCAGCGAGACGGAUAAAUUGGCUUACAUGGGUCCCAUUGACGACGACAAGCUAUUUUACUUCACUUGUUUCAAUGUGGAGGAUACCGAUGACCCAUCUGUUGGUUUGAUCAACGGCGAGCUGGCUAUUCCGGGUCUGCUCCUACGUCGAGAAGUGUUCGAGCCUGUUGUCAAUCAGGUCUUGGAUCUAAUAGAGGAACAAGUGAAAAAGACUGACAGGCCGAUAGACGCCCUUCUGCUCGUGGGUGGGUUUUCCGGCAGCGAAUACAUGUUCAAACGCGUAGAAGAACAGUUUGGCGAUCGUAUCAAGACAAUUGCCCGGCCCGCGGAUGCCGAUACGGCCACUUGUAGAGGCGCUGCCCAGUAUGGUCUAGCACGUAGACCGUUAGUCUCUAGUACGAUUGUUCCACGAUCCUACAUUAUGAAGGUGAAGCUACCCGCUGAACCUGAAGACUGGCUGAAGCGCCCCGCAUAUAUCCGAGAGAACGAGGCGGGUGUCUCCAUAUGCGAGAACAGGCUGCAAUAUCUUGUGGUCAAGGGGGCUAUCCUAAGGAAAGGGCAACGUGUCAAGACGAAGUUUUGCAAAUUCUCUCAGUCCGCGCAAGAUCGUGUCUUCGUGGCCACGCUGUAUACAUCGGACACGGAUAAGGUCAUGAGAUACACGGACGAAGGAGAAACUAUGGAAUUAUGCAAAUGGACUGUGGAUCUCUCAUCCUUGCCUAAUUUCCAGCAGAAUGCCAAUAUGCCUCACCCGAACGGGUUCUACACGGAAUUCGAGCUUGGCCUGGAACUCGACAGCGCUGAAGUCCGCGGCAUUCUCCUCUAUCAGGGACAGGAAUGGGGUCGGGUCGUGUUUGACUUUUUGGCUUAAUUUAUGAAUCAUUGUCUUAGUGGAUGGGACUUUUAUGGUUAGCGCGGGUCUGUUAUUCCACGAGAUCCGGGUGGUCUUGCUUCUCCUGCGGGAGGCCGAAGCAGUACUCUGCCGUGUACGUAUACGUAUCGGAUCUACUACGGGAGAUGCAAGAUCUUGUAUAGUCUACGUAUAUCUGACAACCCGACGUUCGUUGCGUAUGCGUUAGCGGCUGCUAGCGGAAGUCGGCCAUUCCCGACCAUGACGGAACAGUGGAAAACUAAAUGCCCG